GAAUAUCAUGUGCCGCCGCAUCAGCACCAGAAUUAGGAGAUUCUAGGUUUCCGGGUGAAUCGCAGAUAGUUCCAGCCAUAGCCGCAGAAUAAUACUGUCGAAAUUCCUGAGUGUUCGCCUUAAAUAGUUUUCUGGACUAAAGCCACUGGCGGAAAUGGCAGGGGUGGGGGAAGCUCCGCCACCUGCUCUUCCGCCUCCGCCUGGAAUGGCUGCUCCGCCAGGUCCGCCAGCGAUGCUUCCGCCGACGGUGGAGGAGACCGUCCCGCUGAGCCUGCUAACGACUGCGACAGUUCAGCAGACCAUGCGAGAGCUGCGACAACUGAGCGAAUCGCUGGCGACGUCGCGUGCGAUGGCAGAGGCAAGUGGGCGAGGUCCGGACGACGAGAAACAGAGAAAGGUCGCUCUGCUGAAAUUCCUCUGGCAUACGCGACAGAAGCUUCUGCGGCUGCUCGUUAUAGCGAAAUGGUGUAACCAGCUGCCAGUAAUCGAGCGGUGCAAGCAAGCGUGGACUGCGCUGGCCAACCAUGACGCAGCGUUUGUCCAAGCAGCAGACGGACUAUGGAUGACUCACGCACAGAUACAAGGGGCCAGAGCACCUCUGUAUGACGUUCCUACUGCCGUCGAAAUUCUCUCCACGCACGCUUACCGCCGGUUACCCGCUUGCGUUGACGAUCUGCAGCUCCCGCCGAACCUGAUGCUGCAGAGGCUCGGGCCAGCCUCGGUAGCAGGGUUGGUGCCGCCGGCAGGGGUUGCUGCAGCGGCGACGGCAGCUGCUGAAGCUAUGAGGUUGUUGGGAGAGGAGGAGGAGGAGGAGGAGGAGGGUGACGGGGAGAGGGAAGGGGAGGGGGAAGGAGAGGAGGAAAAAUAUUUGACAUCCGUAGAUGUGAAAGGAGCCAAGCUUGCUGAGACUGAUGCUGCUGCUGCUGCUGCUGCUGCUCCAAGUGAUAAAGAAGCUGAAGCUUUUCCUGCUGCGGCUGUCACAACUGCCACACCUGGCCCCACUGCAGCUGCUGAUUCUCUCUCAGAGAGUAAGGAGACAAGCAAAGAGAAGAGGGUGAGGCUAAGAACCGCCAGGCGCAGCGGCAGGCGAGCAGCCAUAGAGCAGAUCAACUCGUUCCUGAGGACACGGCUGCUGGAGACGCCUAUUCCCCCGGAGGUCACUAGGGUGCGCGUGGGAGGGGGCAAGGUGCGCGUGUACGUGGAGGGGGAGUAUCAGGCGGACCUCACUUUGGGUUAUGCUUCUAAUCUGUCGCUCUGGCGGGUGAUUAAAGUGAAGAUUCUUGUACGGGGCGCUGAGAACGUGACUGAGGGCGAGGAGGAAGAUUUGGAGGAGGAAGAAGAGGAGGAAGAGGAGGAAGCGGAGGAAGAAGCUGACAAGCACACUAAGGGAGGUGGAGGGAGAAAGGGAGAAGAGGUUACCAACGGGGGUUCGGGAGAGGGCACAAGGCACAGGAAAAGGCGCCAGCAGCUACUUCGGAGGCAGAAGGGCUUGUCAGGCAAGCACAAGGGCGUGCCCAUGAGCGAGGUGCAGCAGCUGGCCCUGGCGGACGAGCUGCAGCGGCGCAUGGCAGCAGCAGCCGAAGACCCAAUCACGGCCCUCCACGUGGUGCUGCACCAGGUGUGCUGCGGGGUGGCGGCGGACGAGGUGCUCCUGCAGCUGCACGCCCUCUGCUCGGCGCGCUCCUCCCCCUCCGCGCGCUGGCUCCACCACCUCAAGUUCGAAGUCGCUGCCCGGGACGGAGGGGAAGGAGGGGGAGGGGGAGCGGGAGGGGGUGUUGGGACGUCUGUGGGACCUAGUGGGAGUAAAGGAGGGGCGGGAGGGAUAGGGGGUAGGGGCGGAUUGGGGGGAGGGAGGGGCAGUGGUUCUGCAGCAGCAGCGUCAAGUGCAGGAGCGAAGGAAGGGGAGAGUGCUGGGGCAGACGGGGCAGGAGCAGGAGCGGGAGCAGGAGGGGGUGUGGUGGGAGGGGUGGCAGUACCAGCAGUAUCCCCUGCGCUGCUGCACAUAUGGUACUGGUUGGACCCGGGCAAGUCUGACAGCACGGGGGGCUCCUCUGCAGUGCUGGGCCGCCUGGGCAUCGCCCGCUUCGAGAGCGACGAGGAACCGCCCCCCUGCCUCACCCUCUCUCUCGCCCCACCCCCCGCCACCCCUCUCCCUCCUCCCGCUGUCCCUCCUGCGUCUGCCCCUGGUACUGCCACUACCCCUGCUGCUGCUGCUGCUGCUGCUGCUGCUGCUGCUGCUGUUCCUGCUCCUCCUCCCUCCACCCUGUUCUCACGCCAGCCGCUGCCCGCCCAGCUGGUUUGCCAGCACGUGCCGUCUGUGGUGGACCCCGUGACGGGCGGCGAGGUUUGUCUGUAUCUGGACCCGACAAGGAUCGACGUGGAGCAGCUGGUGCUGUUUGCCGCCCAGUGCUCUGCACACGCCAAGCUGGCGAGUCUAAGGCGCGACCUCCUGGCCUCCCCGCUGCUCUGUGCCGGCCCCCAAGACGCCGUCCUCUCCUUCCCUCCUCCGUCCACACGCUCCUCUUCUUUCUCUUCCGUCCCAAAACCUCCUCCUCCUUUCCAGCUUUCGCCUGAAGGUGCAGCGAAAAGUGCAGCGACUUUGGGGGAGAAGAGAGGCGGGGAGGAAGAGGAGGAGGGGGGGGAAGGGGAUCUGAAGCAAGUUGGGAAGAGAUUGGGCAGUGUGCUGGGGAAGCGGAAGAAACUGCUGGGCGCAUUGGCUCUUGCUCAUGGUAUUCGUGGCAGUGGUGGCGCCGGUGGUGGCGCUCCACCCCAUAACCCACCGAGAGGCAAGCGGCGGAGACAGGGAGACGGUGGGGAAAGGGUAGCACCAAGGGAUAGACAGCAGGGGGGAGGCAGCAGCAGGGGCUGGGAUGUGUUGGGUAGGGACGUAUCUGGGCUGAGAGGGAGGGAGGUGCUGUGGGUGAGAGCGUGUGGCGGGUGGUUUGUUGGAAUCGGGGUAAACACGCGGACCGGGCGGUACGAGGUGUGGGUGGGCGGCAAGGGUUUGUCCUGGGCGGCGGCGAGGGAGGUGGAGGGCGCGCUGAACAGUGGGAGCUCGACAGCUGGCGACGCGCUGGUGCUUCUGCGGCUGCACUGCCUGCAUGCACAACUGACAGCAGCUGGAAUUGCUCUGGGCCUGGUGCCCUAUGAAGCCGGAACAGCAGGUAUCCGCUUUACCACCGACGACCCAGCCCACUCCCUCACUCUCCCCCCCGCGCCCCGCACACUCCUCUUCUCCCUCUCGCACCCUCCUUUUCUCCCGUACCCCACCCACUCCUCUCCCUCGUCACCCCACCUCGCUCCUCCCUCCACCCCUCCUGCUCUCACCCCCGCCUGCUGGCCGCCCUAUCUCCUCGCCAUUCACAUCCAAACGGACUUCUCUCUCUCCUUCCGCCUCAUCCAACUCACGUCUCCCCCACCGCUGCCAACUUCAUUGCCCCAUCCCGCUUCUGCUGCUGCUGCUGCCACUGCCACUGACGCUGGUGCUGCUGCUGGUGCUACUGCUGGUGCUGCUGCUCCCGCUGCUACAGCAGCAGGGGCAGCAGCAGCGGGGCAGUCGUUUGUGGCGUCGCUUGCCCCGCCAGGUGUCACACGCUGGUUGGCCCUGGAGGUGGGUGCGCUGGUGCUGGCGGCUGGAGAUCCCGAGGUGGUCGCCCUGGCUGGUGCUAUUGAGGGGGAAGGGGGAGGAGGGGAGAGAGGGGGGGGAGGUGGGGAAGGGGAGGAAGGAGGGAGAAAGGAGAUGGUGGGAGGGUGGGAGGAGCUCUUCGAUUUGGGAGAUGAUUGGGAGGAUGAUGGUGGUGAGGAGUAUCAGAGGCACGGAUGGGGGUAUGAGGAGGGAGAAGGGAAAGAGCAAGCUGUGGCUGCUUCCGUUGGUGGUGCGGCAAUGGAUGAGGACGGCAUCAAUGACAAUGACAAUGCUGAUGCUGAUGCUGAUGCUGAUGCUGAUGCUGAUGCUGAUGCUGAUGCUGAUGCUGAUGUGACAAUGGGCGGUGGAGCAUCAGGCAAAUCUGCUUCAAAGCGCAAGCAGCAGCACCACUCGUCCCGACCCCUUCGCUGCGCUCUGAUUGGCCGGCCGCUGCAGGAGCUGGUACAGCUGGCAGGGAGGGGCAAGGCCCCUGCGUCCCUCGUCUUCCCCCUGGUGCUGUCCCGAGCCCAGCACCUGGCUGCUGCUGCCGUCAAACACUCCCUGCUCUCCUCCCUCCUCUCCUCCUCCGGUCUCUCCACCGUCCCCUUCCUCUCUGCCGCCUCCUCCUCCCCCUCCUCCCCCUUCUCACUCUCGCCCUCCUCCUCCUCCUCCUCCUUCUCACCCUGCCUGCCGCCCCUCAUUGCCUCGUCCCUCUGCUCCUCCUCUCCUGCUGCUGCCCCAUCCCCCAUCCGCCCCUCCUCCCUCUGCCUGCUGUUGAGAUCCGACUCGCCGGCUACUGCCAGCUGGUCCGUGCUGGUGCCAGCUCAGCAUUUUGUCAGCUUGUGGCGGCUUCAGGAGUUUUGCCAGCUGCAGCUGCAACAGCAGCAGCAGCAGGAGAUCGAGCCAGGAGGAACUUUUUCUAGACUAGCCGAACCUGACCUUCAAACCAUAUCAGCAGGCGGUGCUGCCGAGCCUGGUUUUAUCGAGCCAGGUGCUGUCGAGCCUGGUGCCAUGAGGCUCGGAACAAGGGGAGAGAGCAGAGGCGGAGGGGCUGAGCUUCGGAUGAAGCGCCUGCUUCGCUCUUGCGACUGGGCGCGGGAAGGAGUGGCUUUCAGCGAGGAGAGUGACAGCAGCAGCAGCAGCAGCAGCACUACCAUCACCACCGCUACUGCCACCACUGCCACCCCCACCCCCACCACCGCUGCUGCCUCAAGCCUCAGAAACAGGGACGUUGCCCCAGGCAUGCGAUGCACUCCCAAGGGGCUCCUGCUGACGUGUCACAGCAUGAGCCAAUCCGCCAUCUCCAGCAUGGCACGUGACCUGGCGUGCGCAUGGGAGGCCUUCCUCUUCGUCCGCCAGCUCAGACGCAUUCUGAUUGUCCGACGCAAGCCAGCAGGCGGGGGGAGAGCAGGGGGAGGGAGAGGUGGAGGGUGGGGAGGAGCGGGAGGUGAGGGGAGAGGAGGAGGGGGAACGGAUGGGAGAGGGGGGGAGGUGUGGGGAGUGCAGGAGGCGGGGGAUAGGGAGGAGAUGGUGAGAAGGUGGGGGGAGGUGAGGCGGGCGGUUCGGGUGGUGUCUGUGGGGCCCACGUCAGUGUGUCUGGCAUAUGAUGGCGGCAUGCUCAUGCCAGGCUGUCCUGUCCGCGUCCAGAUUCAAUGGAUCCCGGCUGCCUCUAGUGCUUAUGCUUCUAAUGCUGCGGCUGGUGCUGCUUCUUCUGCUAGUGCUGGUUCAGGUGCAGGAGGGGAGGAGGGCGGCCAGGGGGCGGUGGCAGUGAAAAGGGAGGAUGGUGCCGAUGUAGGGGGCAAUGGAGGUGGUGCUGCUGCUGAUGCUGAUGCUGAUGCUGAUGCUGCUGCUGCUGCUGCUGGUGGAGGUACCGGGGCUGAUGACGGGGGCGAUCUGCCGCUGGCUGUGGAUUGCAGAGUGGUGGUUUCGCCAGACGACUUGUGGCCGCACACACAGUACCUGGAGGAGUGCGUUCGCAUGGGCGAUGCAGGCCUGUUGAUUGACGCCAUCCGCCUCACAGCAGCGCCUCUCCACGCCUUGCACUCCGCCAUCCGCCCCCUCCGCUCCGUCUCCGUCCCUCCCCCCGCGCUGCUGCCCUCGCACCACAACCAUCACCCCGCACCCCUGCAACCACAGCAGCAGCAACCACACGCACAACCAUCGCAUUCUAGUGGGCCCCCACAUUCCACUGCGUCUGCAGGCGCUUCUGCUUCUACUCCACCUGCCACUACAGCAGCAGCACCGGAAGCUGCUGCUUCUGCCGCUGCCUCAGCCUCUACUGCCGCUGCUGCUACUGCCAAUGCAGCCACAGCAGCAUCCGCAGCGGCAGCAGCGGGGGCAUCUCGAGGGUUGAUGCUGGGGGCAACGCUCUGCACGCUGCUCCCGGGGGACAUCAGCAUCGUCCCCCGCGGCCCCUUCUCCUUCCGCAUCAUCUACCGCCACGACUUCGCCAUCCACAUGCGCUGCUUCGGCCCCGACUUCGUCUGGCUGCAGCCCGCCCCGCCGCCCAAAACCUACGACUUGCCGCCCGGUCUCGUCGCGAAAUUCCCGGGAGCGUCCGCUGCUGUUUCCGCUGCUGCUGCAGCGGCUGGUAGUGCUGCCGCCAGCGGCGCCGGCAAACAGGCAGUAGCUAAUGGUUCGCCUGGUGUUGCCGCUGGUGCUGCUGCAGCCGCAAGUGGUGUGAUUCGAGGGGACCUCACUCUCGGAGGUUCCUUACCCUGCCCCCAGUUCCGCCCCUUCAUUCUUGAACAAGUCUCUCUGCUGCUCUCACAGCUCGACCGCCACGCUCCGGAACCUCCGCCUGCUGCUGCUGCUGCUGCUGCUGUGGUGGCAACAUCCGGGCCUGGCAGGCUCGGCAGGACAGGGCCGGUGGGGGAGAGUUUGACAGGUGGCGGGCAGCCUCCCAUCGGACCAGGCAACUCACAGCAACAACAGCAACAGCUGCAGCAGAUGCAGCACCAGCACCAGCAGCAACAGCAAGAGCAGCAGCAGCAGCAGCAGCAACGGGCGGAGAUGCUGCGGUGGCAGCAGAUGGCAGCCAACCUGGCCUCCUCCGUGCGCGCCGAGUCCCACACAGCCAUGGUGGGCCUGUCGGACGACGGCGGGUACGGCGGCGCGUGGGUGCCGGUCGUUCUGCUCAAGCGUGUGCUGCGCAGCAUGCUACGCUACCUGGGCACCAUUGGGUUGUUCGCUCGCUUCCCUUCUGUGCUGGCGGCAGUGCUGGGGCCCGCCAUGGGGACGAGGGAAGCUGGGUUGCUGUCGCAGGAUCCCGAGCAGCCUGCACUGCGGUUCUUCAUUGGCAACUAUGUGUACAUGGUGAAUCUGCACCGCCAUCGCCGCCCCACUGCUGGCGACCAGCUUCAGCUUAUGCUGCAGGUUGUAAACGCCCGCAUGGCUCCACAGCGCCGCCCGCCCGCGAUGACACACGAUGCUGACGUGGACAUGACCCCUGCUGAGCUGGCGGAGAUCAGCGACCUGUUUUCACGCAAGGUGGCAGUGGAGCCCUUCGAUGUAUCCCGUCUGUCCUCCUUCGUGACACUUGUCAUGCUCCCAUUGGCUGUAAUCCGUGAGUUCAUGGGUCUGCUCGCCAUGAGAAGGGAACAGCAGCGCCUGCUGGCCGCUGCAGCAGCAGCAGCAGCUGGAGCGGGUGUGGCAGCAGCAGCAGCAUCAGGAGGGGCGGUAUCAGGGGGAGGUCCAUCUGCAGGUGCAUCUGGGGCAGGUAACAUCCCAAAAAUUCAUCCAGCCACCCGAGUCACAGUGGAUCUGUGCUUUGAGAAUCGCAUCGGUCUGGGAUGGGACCUCCCAGAUUCUUUUGGAAAGAACAGCGGAGGCCAAACUGGGGGAGGUGUAUCUGCAGGGCAGGUUCACCCAGGCUCUGGUACAGCUGGCAGUACAGCUGGCAAUAGUGCCGACCGCAGCGAUAUCAGUUACAGCCGGGCAGACAGUCGGGUGGAUUUCUCUCUCGUCCUGCUCAUCGACCAUGCCGCCCUCUCCGCUGCCCAUCUGCCGGUCCACAUCGCAGGCGGCGCAGGCUGGCUGGCGCACUGCGUUUCGGUCCGCCUACGCUUGCAUUUCUCUGCCGCCCCAGCUAAUCCGGCAGCUGCUGGUACAGGUGCAACUGGUCCAGGUGCCGCCUCUGUUGCUCCGGGUGCGCGAGGGCCGUUGAUUCUGCAGCUGUCGCUGCUGGCCGUUGAUGGGAGUCAUGGGGGGAAGGGAUGCUGGAGUAACACAGAGGACUGGGACAGGUGUAAGCAGCUGAUCGGUAAGGCAAUCAAGGAGAUGCCACCACCACCGGCAGCAGCUGCUGCAGCAGCGGCAGCAGCAGCAGGAGGGGGGGCAAAGGAGAUGGGGGUGGUGGUGGGAGGGAGAGGGUGGUUGAGGGUUUUAGCUGAGAGGUUGCAGGCAGCUGUUCAUUCUGCACUAACCUUGUCUCAUAGGGGUUGAGUUAUCCGCUGGGCGAGUUGUUAUGCUACCCAUAAUGCUAGUUGGGAAGAUUGCUGUGUCAUGCAUAGUACAAAAAGAAUAAAUGAUAGGAAAAGCGUGCGGGUUUAGCAGCCAUGCCCUUGGACACCUUAUCGGGCUUCAGGGAGUGUAUACAUCAAUUGGAGAAUGUUAUGCCACCAAGCCAGUUGGUUCAAUGUAGUUUUAAACAGCCUCGACCCUA